AUGGCUACCAUGGCCUCACAGUCGUCCGCAGCUCUCACGUUCGAGCUCGUUGCUCGUUGUUCUACAACCCGAGCUCGAGCCUCCGUCUUGACGCUGCCUCAUGGACCGGUUCAACUCCCGCUCUUCAUGCCCGUGGCCACCCAGGCUUCGCUGAAGGGCUUGACCCCGGAGCAGUUAGCGGAAACAGGAUGCCGUCUGUGUCUCAACAACACCUAUCAUCUCGGGCUGAAACCAGGCCAGGGAGUGCUCGCCGCUGUGGGCGGUGCGCACAAGCUGCAGGGAUGGAAUUACAACAUCUUGACUGACAGUGGCGGCUUCCAGAUGGUGAGCCUGCUGAAGCUCGCCAACAUCACCGAGGAAGGCGUUAGGUUUCUGAGCCCACACGACGGUACGCCGAUGCUACUGACCCCGGAGCACUCCAUUGGGCUGCAGAACACCAUUGGCAGUGAUAUCAUGAUGCAGUUGGACGAUGUCUUGGUCACCACAUCACCCGACAAGGCACGAAUGCGGGAGGCUAUGGAGCGAAGCGUACGCUGGCUGGACCGCUGUAUAGCAGCCCACAAGAAUCCGACGACGCAGAAUUUGUUCUGCAUUAUUCAAGGUGGCCUCGACGUGGAAAUGCGACGCGAGUGCACCAGGGAGAUGGUGGCCAGAGAUACGCCAGGUAUAGCCAUCGGCGGUCUUUCCGGCGGCGAAGCAAAGGCAGACUACUGUCGUGUGGUGGCAACAUGCACAGAGCUUCUGCCCGAGUUGAAACCGCGCUACGUCAUGGGAAUCGGCUACCCGGAGGAUCUCGUGGUGAGCGUCGCCCUGGGCGCGGAUAUGUUCGACUGCGUGUGGCCGACCAGAACAGCCAGAUUCGGAAACGCCAUCACCAAACGCGGAGUGCUGAACUUCAGGAACGCCAAGUACGCCGGGGAUUUCGGUGCCAUCGAAGACGGAUGCGGUUGCAUCUGCUGCAGGAAAGGCGAAGGUGGCAUCGCCGUCACGCGGGCUUUCGUCCACCACAAUGUGUCCAAGGAGACGGUUGCUGCGCAUCUCCUCAGUAUACACAAUGUCUGGUACCAACUGAAUCUCAUGACCGAGGUCCGGGAUGCUAUCGUCGCGGAUGAAUACCCCAAGUUCUUGCGGCAGUUCUUUGCUCACCUCUAUGCGGACAAAGCCGACUAUCCACUCUGGGCCGUCGAGGCAUUACGUGGUGUCGGAGUAGAUCUGAACGGGGACGAGAUGUAA